AUGCAUUUAUUUAACUUCAGGUUGGAUCAUAUUAGUAAAUGUCUUCUGGUCUUUUUCUCCAGAACAGCCAGUAGAGGCGACUUUGUGUUUUCUGCUGAUCGCUUGAUCAGACUUGUGGUCGAAGAGGGAUUAAACCAGCUGCCAUAUACAGAAUGCACAGUAACCACUCCAACAGGGUACAAGUACGAAGGGGUGAAAUUUGAAAAGGGAAACUGUGGAGUCAGCAUCAUGAGAAGUGGCGAGGCAAUGGAACAAGGCUUGCGGGACUGCUGUCGAUCCAUCCGAAUAGGGAAGAUCCUCAUUCAGAGCGAUGAAGAGACUCAGCGAGCCAAAGUGUACUAUGCAAAGUUUCCACCCGACAUCUACAGGAGGAAAGUUCUUCUCAUGUACCCAAUACUAAGUACUGGCAACACUGUGAUUGAGGCUGUCAAGGUUCUUCUAGAACAUGGAGUCCAGCCAAACGUCAUCAUCCUGCUGAGCCUGUUCUCUACACCCCACGGUGCCAAAUCAAUCAUCCAGGAAUUCCCCGACAUCACGAUCCUCACCACAGAGGUCCAUCCUGUCGCUCCCACGCAUUUUGGACAGAAGUAUUUUGGGACAGACUGAAGUACGCAGCCCAGUUUGCGUUUUGUUACUGUAUGAUAUGACUUAUACCCCCUUUUCUACGUUUUUUUUUUAAUUUGUAGUGGAGGCCUCAAUGGGUGUAUUUGACUUUUUGUUCCCUCUCUUUGCCAAAGGUGAAAAUAGUUGACCUAGGACAAUAGGGGUGGGGUUUUCUUUUUUAUUUAAAUGAUGGAAUAUUUGGUCUCAUGUCUGGUUUUUAUUUGAAUGAUGAACGGAGGGCAGUGAAGCACCUCGGACGACGACAGGCUUUCUAAUGAUGCGAAAUCAAAAUUGCUGCAUUCCUCGUCCCUUUUAUUUAUUCCUUUGUAGCCUGCUUGACCGGCUGCUUGCAACUGUACAAUAAAGCAACUCUGAUGGUA